AUGACAGAAGAAAAGGGAGGCAAAGCCCAUCUCCAAGCUCGUUUACAAGUGUUGGAAGUUUUCCUGGAAAACGUCAUCUGCAAUACUGUCACUUCCACAGAACAUGCCAAGAGAAAGACCAUCAGUGCCAGGGACACAGUCU